AUGGUCAUAAAAGCAUUUAAUGAGAGUGGUGAAGAGAUUGAUGGAUCUGCUCACCUUGCUGGAAUCGAGAGCAGCCGCAAGGCCAAGUUCGGAUGCGUUAACGAGACGCUUUGGAAGCGUCUUGAGCACCUGGCCGACAAUGACACUGUGGAUGUCGUGAUCUUACCUAACUUGGGUGAGCUUGCCACCGAGCUUGCCAGGAUUGAAGUUGGCUCCGUGAAACAGCCGGAAGAAGAGCGUCGAGUUUGGCAAAAGGUCGAGGAGCAGGUCUGCGCUGUUGCGAGCGAGCUGCGUAAUCUUGGGAUCCAUAUCAAAGAAGCUCCCUACUUCUUGCACUUCAUUCACGCAUCCAUGUCACCUGGUCAGGUUCGACAUGUUAGCAGAAUGGAGAGCAUUGGGUUCGUGCUGUUUGACGAUCACAGCGAAGUCACAGAUCUAGGCAACUUGAUUGCCGUCUCUCAUGCGGACAGAGCACAUGCUCUCGGUCUCACCGGCACAGGCGUGAACAUAGCGGUCUUCGAGAGUGGACCACGAACCACUGCUGCCGACCUCCCUAUCAGAAGUCGUUAUUCUGCGGCCCCUCCUCCCGUUAGUAACGGGAAUGAUGAGCAUGGACGUCUGGCUGCAGGCAACUUCAGUCCCAACAAUACACCCCCUUCCACGGCAAGUGAGUUUGUGAAUGGUAAGGGGUACAACACUAUCGUGGUUGGCAAUCACAACGACGCCGCAACGGCCAUGAGCAGCUCUUCUGUAUAUAGAAACCCUCGUUCCCUCGAUCGCGAGCUCCCUCAUUUAACUGCAAAUGGUGAAGGGGUCACUGCAGUCGCGCCGAUCGAAACAUAUCCGGGGGCACAUGGUGGCAGGACGUCCAGGUCCCUCAACGCGGAAGCAGCCGUGCUCAUUGUCCAGACUCGUGCCAUCAAAGACAGGCCACCAAGGAACCAUGCUUGGGACGGGGGCGAAAACUUUUUCAGGGGCAAUUUCGGGCCAGACAAGAUCUCCAAGUUUCGAUACCGUAUCCAGGUCCCGCCUGCGACUACCACUGGCAGAUUCACCGUCAAAGUCGCCUUUACAUGGGAUAGUGUCGUCCCCGCCAACGCAACCGGACCUGUUAUACCAGGCAUAUCGUAUCUGAACCGAAGAUAUGACCUGCUUGUGUUGGAUGAUCGUGGAGUUCAAGUCGCCAACUCCUCUUCUUUCGAUAACAAUUACGAGAUUGCUGAGUUCACUGGCCUUCCGAGCCAGGAGUACGCUAUUGUGCUUCGUCCACGCACGGUGAUGAUGCAAUUUUCCCUCCAGUAG